ACAUGAAAACCCAAACCGGGCCAGUCCACGUAAACAACACAAAAAUAAAAUAAAUUAUUUGUUGCCUAUCUCUCUGUGAUAAAAGUGAUAAGAGUGGCUGAUUCAACUAAUGUGAACGGAUACAAUUCAGUAUGAUAAUAAAGAGUAAGUGGUGAUUGACUUUUGUUGUGGUUUUCGGGAUCAAUAGUCAGCUACAAUGAGAGAGAACGAGAAUACACUGAAGUAUGUGAGUCUCAUCACACUCACACUCCAGAAUGCCAUCCUUGGGCUCAGUAUGCGCUAUUCCAGGACACGCGAAGGAGAUCUCUUCCUCAGUUCAACAGCUGUGGUGAUGUCUGAGGUUGUGAAGUUGAUCACCUGCUUGGUGCUCGUGUUCCUGGAAGAGGGGAAGGAGUUUACAAAAUUCCAAGCUUCCCUGCAUAGGACAAUCGUAAAGCAGCCUAUUGAUACGCUAAAGGUAUGCGUGCCCUCCUUUGUCUACAUAGUCCAGAAUAAUUUGCUGUACGUGUCAGCAUCGCACCUGGACGCAGCCACAUACCAAGUCACGUAUCAGCUGAAAAUCCUCACAACAGCCAUGUUCGCUGUGGCCAUAUUGCGGAAGAAGCUCUUCCCAACGCAAUGGUGCUCCCUUGUUUUCCUCAUUGUGGGCGUUGUGAUGGUACAACUGGCCCAGGAUGGGGGUAGUGCCACAGGAGGCAGCAGUGGCCCAGAGCAGAAUCGCUUUAUUGGCUUCUGCGCUGCACUGGGUGCUUGUGUGCUGUCCGGCUUUGCGGGAAUCUACUUUGAGAAGAUCCUCAAAGGUUCAGACAUUUCUGUGUGGAUGCGGAAUGUUCAGCUGAGCUUCCUUAGUCUCCCCUUUGGACUCAUAACGUGCUUCCUCAAUGAUGGAAAGCAAAUAAUGGCACAGGGAUUCUACUUUGGCUACGACUUCUUCAUUUGGUACUUAGUUGUCCUCCAGGCGGGCGGAGGACUCAUUGUGGCCGUUGUGGUGAAAUAUGCCGACAACAUUCUCAAAGGAUUCGCCACAUCUUUAGCCAUAAUCAUCUCCUGCAUUGCCUCCAUCUAUUUAUUUGACUUUCAACUGAAUCUCCAAUUUACAGCCGGAGCUGCUCUUGUUAUCUGCUCAAUCUUCCUUUAUGGAUACGAUCCGAAAACACAAGGGAAGAUUGUCAGUGUACGACCAGCUGCAGAUGAGAAACUACUCAUCCCAAAAGUAUAGCGAUAAACUUCCGGACAGAACAUCACACACUGAACACAUUUUAUCUUUAAAAAAAAAAUGCCCUUUUAGUAUUUAUUUCCGCAUUAGACUAUACUCCUCCUCUUUUCCACGAAUACGUAUUGUCUCCGGGAAUGUUUCCGGAAUCACAGGAAAACCCAGGAAAGUGAGAGUAUUAUUGUAAAGAAGAAGAAAAAAAGAACAAACAUACAGAUGACAUUUUAAUAAAUGAGAUCCCAGAAAUUAA